GUUUGCAAUUUGUGGACCAAGAAUUACCCGAUCAAGCAGAUUUCAUUGUUGGUCUUUGUUAGGAAAUCCUUGAUGCAUUCACUUAUGGAGAACUGGGGCUGAGCUGACUCUCUCCCCCUCUCAGUAAUGCUAGCUCUCAGAGUGGAGCAGGGAGGGCGGGGGCUUGAUGAGGUCGAACGCCUGCAGAAAGAGGCCUCCACUGCUUGGCAGGGUCGGCCGUCAGGGAGACAAGCCUCCCACGAGCGGCGCGUUAACAUUAAGGAAAAGAUCUCCCAGUGGGAAGUCCGCAGUCAACAGGGCAGCCGGCAGGAUGCUGGAGUGGUCGAACACCCUGCUACUGUGGCUCGAACUUUCUCUGCAGACCUCCCGGGAAACAGCUGCUUCAAUGAGAGCUCAAGAGCAGGUUUUUGUGCAAAAGAAACUCACCCAAGAACAAAGAGUGUAGAUUUAGAUUUUAGGGAAUCCCCUGCACGUGUUGGACUUGGUGUGAUUGAUCGGUUAGAAACUUUGCAGAAAUGUCCCACUCAGUUUUCAGCCAUACCUCCUGUAAAACAAACACUUGCAACACAGGCAUUUGCAUCUUCUAAAUCGUUAUCAAAUAACACUUUUUCUACAACUAACUCGGCGCUUUCAGCCAAUGGGGUUCCAAAAGUGGAAAGGAUUUCAGACGCUGAAAAUGUCUCUAAACCUCUACCUCCGUCAGCUGACGACCAAGACGACAACAUGCCUGCGGGAAACUUCUACACGUCUCGUGGUUUCUGGCAGAAGCUGGAGGGCGACAGACAGCUCUGGGAGAGUAGCAGGAUCUCUGCAGGUGAAGCUCUACCCCCUCCCAAACCUCAGCGUACAUUCCAGUAUUGUGGAGACAAUGUCAACAACACAGAGCUCACGGUUCAGUGGAACAACGGGUCCACUUGUAACAACAACCGCUCCAACAUGAGAAGAAGGAGGGUGGCACACCCUCCAAGCUUCCCGCCUCCUCCAUGUCCAGUAUCAAAGGAUGAAGGACUUUCAAGGCAUAAAAAGAACAGGAAGUCCUUCGAGUAUGAGGAUGUAUCGCGCCUGACAGCCCAGCAGGGAAACGGAGGAAAUGAGGACACUCACCCAAACCUUCACCAUGCCUACUCUGAUGACAAUAUUUAUGAGGAUAUUGUGUGUGAAGUCAGCAGGGAUGAUCCCUAUGAGGAUGAACUGCCUACCAUGUGUCUCCCGCCUCUAAGAUCCCGAGUCCCAAAGACAAUACAUGGAAAUGCUGGCAAAAUGGAAAAGAAGGGGUUCCAAGCAUUAUCAGCGUUCAAAUCUUCCACCUUCGCCAAUUCUCCAAAACCAGUGGCACCUCGGCGCUCAAGCACUCAAAAAUCUCACAGAACGCCUCAGUAUGUCAGCAAGAUCGAGACCAUUUUUGAUGACAAGCGAGGGAGGAAGAGAGUGAAGAACCAAGGGCUUUCAGCGCGGGCUGAGGAGACCAGCGGAACAGAGAGUGACCCAGAAGACGACACCAAAGGUUCCAGAAGAUCUGUUUACGUUCAGUCUACGCUCAGACAGAGGUCAGGAUACCGCACCCUCGAGCGAGAUCAGCUGCAGCAGCAGCAACUUUUCCAGAUCUUCGUGGUGGUGUCGCUGAGAAAAGGCUCUGCGGGAAACACGUACUCUCCUGAAAUUACCCAGCAGUUCCCAAAAAUGUUUGAGAAGUCAUCCCGAGUCUCCAAAGAAGCUGAGGAUCAACUGAAUGUGAUUCCCAAGUUCUGCUUCCCUGACUGUCAGGACUGGAAGCCCUCUGCACAGAUGCCAAGUGAGACUUUUUCUUUUGUCCUGACCGGAGAAGACGGGAGUCGCUGGUUUUGUUACUGCCGUAAGAUCCUGCCCAGCGGAAAGGGAAAGAGGCUUCCUGAGGUACAUUGUAUUGUCAGCAAGUUGGGCUGUUUCGACUUGUUUGCAAAGAUUCUGGAAGAGGUGGAGAGACGCAGAGAAAUGUCUCCAGCGCUGGUUUAUCCUUUUAUGCGUAGCGUGAUGGAGGCCCCUUUUCCAGCCCCCGGACGCACCGUCACCGUUAAGAGCUUCCUCCCUGGCUCUGGCAAUGAGGUACUGACUUUGUGCCGACCAGUGGACUCCAGACUGGAGCAUGUGGACUUUGACAGUCUGCUGCAAUGUCUCAGUGUCGGGAAACUCCUACAGGUGUUUGCCUCCCUUGUGCUUGAGAGGAGGGUCAUCUUCGUCGCUGACAAACUCAGCGUGUUGUCCAGAUGUGGCCAUGCAGUGCUGGCGCUGCUGUACCCGUUCACCUGGCAGCACACGUUCGUUCCAGUGUUACCAGCCAGUAUGCUGGACAUCUGCUGCUCUCCGACCCCAUUUCUUAUCGGUGUCCUGGCACCGUGUUUGCCGCAGGUGCUGGAGCUCCCCAUUGAGGAGGUGCUCAUAGUGGAUCUGUGCGCAGACACGUUUGUCGUUCAGCUGGGUGAUGAAGACUGCAUCCUGCCCAGUAAACUGCAGGCGGCACUGCAGCAGAUCCUGGAAGACAGAGAAGGUAUUCUGAGACAAGACAGUGGAGACAUAUAUGGAGACCACCAGGCUGACCUGAGCUCCCUGCUGUCGGAGGCUUUCGUUCGGUUUUUCGUGGAGCUGGUGGGCCACUAUCCUCUCCACAUGGUCGAGUCCUUCAACGGAACCAAGGAGCUUCAGCGGGACAGUUUCCGCAAGUCUCACCCGUCCCGUGGAGCCCGGCAGUUCCUGCAGCUCUUCAUGGACACCCAGAUGUUUGCCGGUUUCAUUCAGGACAAAGAGCUGCGCAAGGGAGGAGGAAGACGAGGACUCUUUGAAACCAGAGUAGUGGAGUAUCUGGAUUCGUGCCCAGAACCCGAGCCGAGUGGCGUGAACAAAUUUUUCAAAGGGCUGGGAAGCAAAAUGAAGCUCCUGCAAAUAAGACCAACGUCUUGAGUUGUGAGUGAAAGACUUUCUAUUUAAAACGGAAC